AUGCUCGUCUCGAGCUCGAUCCCCGACGAGCCGCCCCAGCGGCGGCAGGCCAAGAAGUGCCGGUGGGGGCCCGAGACGGAGGCCGGAAUCCGCGUGCUGCUGGAGAAGGCCAACGAGGCAGCGGCGGCAGCGGGGAAUGAUGCCGACGGCGAGCACGCAUCGAAGCGGCGGCGGUCGCGAUGGGCGCCCGAGGAGAAGAAGGUGCUCCCCGGGCUGCCGGAGGUGGCGCUGCCCGCGGGGCUGGCGCACCUUGUGGACGUGAACCCUGAGGGGAUCGAGCUGCAGAAGCGGCUGAACGCCAUCAACCAGCAGCUGCAGCUGCUGGGCGCGGGGCAGUUCGUGGACAACACGCCCGUUGGGGAGCGGUCGCCGUCGCCGGUGCCGAUUUACAACCAGGAGGGCCUUCGGAUCAACACCCGGGAGCAGAGGGCAAAAGACAAAUUGUUGAAGGAGCGCCAAGAUGUGAUACGAGACCUCAUCGCAAAGAACCCAAACUACAGACCGCCUCCUGACUUCCGACCAGAGAAGAAGAGCAGGAAGAUCUACAUACCUGUACAUGACCACCCUGGGUACAACUUCAUAGGUCUGAUCAUAGGCCCGCGUGGAAACACACAGAAAAGGAUGGAAAAGGAGACGGGUGCGAAAAUCGCCAUCCGUGGCAGGGGUUCUGUCAAGGAGGGGCGUGUCCGCAAGGAUAUGAAACCUGACCCAUCCGAAGAUGACGAUCUGCACGUGUUGAUCACUGCUGACACAGACGAGUCGCUGGAGAGGGCAUCUGGGAUGAUCGAGAAACUGCUUGUCCCUGUUGAGGAGGACGUGAAUGAGCACAAGCGGAUGCAGCUGCGGGAGCUGGCCGAGCUGAAUGGCACCCUACGUGAUUACGAGGCAUGGGAUUUGAAGAAGGAGGAGGCCGGGGUGUACCAGUUGCCUGGGGCUGCCAAGGAGGCGGCUGAGAGGCAGUACCAGCGGGACAUGAAGGCGCUGCACCCUGAUGCAGAGGUGACUGGAAUGGAAGACGAGUACAAGAGCUUCAUGAAGGAGCUCGGGGGAGGAAUCUUGCCGCCAGUGCCCAUGGAGCGUGACCGCAGCACCUUGGAGGAUCCCUGCAAUCUGUACGUGGGCUACAUACCCCACCACCUCACUGAGGACCAGCUGGAGGCGAUGUUUGUGGAGUGCGGGGAAGUGCGGGACUGCCGCAUCAUAACGGACCGGCAGGCGGGGCGCAGCAAGGGGUUUGGUUUCGUGAGGAUGGCCGAUGAGGAGGGCGCUCGGAGGGCCAUAAGGGAGCUGAACAACCAGCAGGUGGACAAUCGCAGACUGAUCGUGCGGGUGAAGUGCCAUGGACCGCCCCCAGCUGGGCCCAUGGUCCGGGAGGCGCCGCGGCGCCUUGGUGUGGAUGGCUCCCUGAGGAAGGAGGUGAUGCAGGGGCGCAGUGAGGGCGAUGGACUGAUUUCGGCUGGUGGCUCAGACAGCCUCCCUCCAGCUGCGACUCCGAUGACCUCUGAGUGGGCAGCCAAGACGGGCUAUCAGCCGUCGGCAGUGGUUCCCACGCCAAUGGUCCCUGCUGCGGCCAUGCGGCAGGACUGGAUGGGGGUGUACCGAGAAGAUGCCCUGCCGCCAGGGGUGGAGCCACGUGACAGAGAGGAUGUGGGUGUGCCCGGCUUUGCGCCUCCGGCUCCGGUUGCUGCAACCCCAAGGCCGAUGGUAUCGGCCUGGGCCACCGCAGAUGGCAACAGGACGUUUCCCCCCGGCACGGACUUUCACAUGGUGAAUGGAGUGCCGCAGAUGGCGUUCCCCCCUGGGGAGUUGGACGACACAGUGCCACCUGGGAUGGAGCCCGCGCCCCCUGGUGACGAGAGCUUCGAGGAUGUGCCCCCACCGCCGCCCCCGCCUGGGGAGCCCUUUGUGGCCGACCCCUACAGCCAGCCUUACUACAUGGACUACUCGGGCAGUGUUCCUGGGGUAGGGGAGGGGGCCCAUGACAUGGGAACGGCCUAUGGACAGGACACGGAGCCAAGUGCUGCCGCUGCCAUGGAUGCGUGGGCAGCCGGGGAGCCUGCCGAAAAUGGGGAUGCUGCUACAGAGGCGAUGGAGGAGGAAGAGAAGGCGCCUGUGGACAUACAGCACGUGCCGCUGCCCGCUGAGGGCCCUGGCUCGCUGGCGGAUUCCGAGGCGCGAAGGAAGGCGGCACAGGAAACGGGGCCAAAGGGCGGGUCUGGCCCCAGCGAUCCCAGCCCCAGCGUGGGCACGACCCACGUGCACACCAGCCUGCCCUCCCAGCAGGAGGUGUUCAUGAAGAGGCGGGCCCAGGGGGCCUCCGCUGCAGGCCUGCGGGACAGGGCCGGCCCCCGCUGGGAGCGGGAGGAGAAGAAGAAAUCGCCAUCGCCCGCUGCUGCAAAGAUACCUGCGAGGCCGCCCUCGCCGCAGGUCUCCGAAGAAGGUGAAAUCGCACUCGAGCCUGGGGAGCUGCAGGAGUACAUCGAGGCCAGGAGAAAGAGCUCGAGGUCUCCCAGCCGCCGCGGCUACAGGUCGCCCGGCUCGCCCCGGGAUGGCCGGUAUGGCCGACGCGGCUACAGGAGAUCGCCUUCGCCGAUGGGGGGCAGGAGGGGCUGGGGUGGGGAUGCGGAUUGGGACCGCUCUGACAGGCAUGGCAGAAGGCAGAGCCCGGACUACAGGUACAGGAGGGACAGGGGUGGCUGGGGUAGCCGGCGAUGA